UUGGCGGGUAAUGCUUAAGCCUUAGGGAAGAAGAAGAGGAAGGGAGACACUCACGGGUUGGCGGUUAAUGACAAUAGAUCAUCAAUUCAUGUUUUUCUUUUCUCUCUUUUCUCCAUGUUUAUGUCUCAGUGAUAAUUGUGAUUUCUGUGCUUUAUUACUUCCAAUCAACAUUUUUCCUUACUGGACGCUUAACUUUGAUUCUGUUUUUGUGUGUGGCUGUUACAUUCUCUAAUUUCACUUUUCCACUGCAUGUCUUACGUGAACCAUUUUUUACCUUGAGCUUCUCUUUUCCGCUAAUAUCACCUUUCAUACUUCUGCUUCCACCAUGCCUGUGAAUGAAGCCAACAACGAGAGGGAACAGAUUAAUCCAGCUGGUGCUGGCAAUGUUGGCUCAAGAAAUGAACUUACUGCGAACAGGAACAUAUUGACUAACUCGAAUACCAGUCAAACUUCAGCUAACCCAUCUUCCAGUCUUGAUGAAGAAGUGAUUCGAAGACGAGGUAAACGUGAGAGAAAAUAUAACAUAGUCACUCGGAGUAUGGAUCCAAGGGUACUUGCUACCAGAAAAUCGCCGGUUAAAAGACCUCGAAGCAAUUCUGCUACACUCGAUAUUAUAAAAAUGUUCGCUGAGUUGCAGAAGUCGCCUGCUAAAACACCUGUUAAGAGGCAAAGAACAUCACCACCAUCCAGUCCUGGAGUGAUGACCAGAAAGCGUUUAAAUAUGAGUUGUGAUUCAGGAAUUGGCUCAGCGUCAUCGUCACCAUCAUCUACUAGUGGAACUCGAAGCUCAAUAUCUAAAAAAGCAAUCAGUGUUAUCAAAGCUCGCAGAUCUCGUCGCAACCUCCGUCGUCUAUCUUGAAGGAAAUCCAUUUUACAAACAAACAAGGCUCCUAUGAGCUAAUGAAUUCCUAAAAAAUAUUAAAAUCUCAUGUAUAAAUUAUACACGUUAUUUUAGCUAUUAUUAAAAAAAAUCAGCACUCGGUAUUAGUACCAUCCCUUUACCCUAAAUUUACACCUUUUUUUGUAUCUCUAUUGUCUAAGUUACAAUCAAUAACAUUUUUACCCACCUUCUAUUGUAAAUAAAAUACCUUUG